AAGCGCCUCGACGUUACGGCCGAAGCUUUCGCCGAGAGGUGAAAGGGCGCCGGCGCCAGACGCAAAGGGGACUCUGACGGCUGCAAUAUGGCGGACAAGGAGAAAAAGAAGAAGGAGAGCAUCUUGGACCUCUCCAAGUACAUAGACAAGACCAUCCGCGUGAAGUUCCAGGGAGGCCGAGAGGCCAGUGGAAUCUUAAAAGGAUUUGACCCUUUGCUCAAUCUGGUACUUGAUGGCACCAUUGAAUAUAUGAGAGAUCCUGAUGACCAAUACAAGCUCACUGAAGACACACGUCAGCUGGGGCUGGUGGUCUGCAGAGGUACCUCGGUAGUGCUGAUUUGCCCUCAGGAUGGCAUGGAGGCCAUUCCAAACCCUUUCAUCCAGCAGCAGGACGGAUAGCCCCAGGCUGUGUCCAUGUAAGCCUGGUGGCUUCUCAGCAGCUCUGUUGAACAGGGCUGUGAGGUUUCAGUUCGGCAGGGAAAUACCUUCCUUUUCUGAAAGGACUCAGUGACCUUCCCUCAUUACAACUUGCCAGCUGGGAGAGAAGAGAGACUUUUUUUUUGGUGUAUUUUUUUUCUAAUAAAAUUACAAAACAAAUCUGUUAA